AUGUCUGAAUCGAUAGACCUUCCAGAUGUGAAUCGUGGCUAUGAACUCUACAUCACUAUUACUGUCUUUACCGUCAUGAUUGUACUCACCACUACCGCACGGGUGAUUAUAAAACUCUAUUUCCGUUAUCGUCUUGGAAUCGAUGACUGGUUCAUCGUACUAGGCACGCUUUUAAACCUCAUGGCGAAUGGCUUCGACUACAAGGCCACCUUAUCUGGGUUCGGCCGGCAUGCCCAGUUCCUCACCGUAGACGAACAAGUCAACGCCAUCAAGUAUUCCCAGUUAGCUGUCGCAGUCGCGAAUUGGGCUAUAUGGGCGGUCAAACUGUCUGUCUGUUUCUUCCUGCUGAGUAUCGUCCGCGACAUAUACCAAUACUACAACUGGGCUGUCUAUGCACUUAUCAGUAUGACCUCAAUCACCGCUUUGGUUGGAUCCAUUCUUUGGGGCACACAGGCGCAUCCGCUUGCUAAGCUGUGGGAUCCUCGUAUCCACGGCACAAGGGCAACUCCGGAGCAUUUUCUGAUUAUUGUUUAUGUUGUGUAUGCCUUUGGAUGCUUUACGGAUGUUUUCUAUGCACUCUCGCCGCUCCAUUUCCUGUGGUCUGCCCGGUUGGACUGGAGAAAGAAACUGCCUAUCAUACUGCUGACAGGCUGUGGUAUUCUCGUCCUCAUCGUGGGAAUUCUGAACAUCAUUUUCGCCCGCGAGUUCCUCGAACAAGAGGACAUCACUUGGGCUCUCAUUAACGAAUUUAUCUGCGACAUCAUCGAGCGCAACUUCUCUGCCUUUGUCGCCAAUCUUCCUGCACUGUGGCUGCUUGUCGUCCAACUCCGAAAACGAGCUUCCUCCUCGUACAGCUCGGGUUCGUCGUUGCCAUACUAUUAUUCGCGCAACAAUGUCAAGAACAAGAAUGCCCUGAAUGAUACUAUGAAUAGCACCAUGACCGAUGCAGAUGUCUAUCUGGAGGUAUCAUCUCAACAUGAGUUAUAUCAGCAUCAGCAGCAUAGUGGAGGAUAUCCGGCUAUCCCUGAGGAGUCUGAUAUUCCUUCAAAGGAGAGCAUUGCUCUUACAAUACAGAAGAAAAGACCAGCAAUUAUUACUAGCCAGGAGGUUGUUCUUUCGGAUGGUGGGUUCACAGAGGCUCCUCAAGGCAGUAGCAGCAGCAAAGAGCAAAUCCAGACUGAAAAUAAUAACAGUAAUAUGCUUUCAUCAAACCAAAUCCGGGUGCAGACGGAUUUUCAGAUUCGUAAAGAGCGAAGAUUGAGUCUUCGAAACAAGCAACACAAGAUGCUAACGGACGCGGGAGGUAGGAUAUGA